UUGCCAUCGCCGAAGGAACAAGAAGCGCGAAAAGCGAAAAGUGAGACUCAUUCGCGGACGCAGAAAUGAAAUCGAAUUAAAUGUGCACCGCGGCGCACCUGAAUUAAAGUUGUUGUGGCGGAUGGGCAAGAAUUUCCUUUCGAUUCGCUGGUUGGUUUCUUGCGUGCCAUUUUUUGUUCUAUUUUGCGGAAGUGUCGCCGUCGACAGCAUCCGUGAUUUUUUGCUGUUAUUCGCUACUUUUUCUAGCUGUCUUUAAAGUACAACUACUGGCCUUGGCCACAUACAAAAUAGUCGGCAACAGCAACAAGUGCCUGCUAAAAACUGUUUUAUUAACACAUGUAUUUUACAUUUUAUAAGGCCCAUAAAGUGUGUGUUUAUAAAUAAAAAGUAAAUAUUUUAACGCACACAAAAGAUGUAGAGAGAGUGCGGCGAAUAGAGAGAUGCGAGAAAUUUUCAGCGUGCGUGUGUGUUAGCCUAUGUGGGUAAUUGUUGAUCAAUUGUCAUGUGCACAAAAAAUAAAAACAAUAACAGCAACAGCCAGCGAAAAUCAUUCAGCAUCAUCAUCAUCAAUGGGAAGCAUUUCAAAAUCAACCAAGUGAAACGGAACCUAAUGAAAUAAGUCCCUCGAAAAAAUAGCGGAAAAACAACGAGAUUACAGUGACAAGUGGCAAACGAACUCUAGAACUGAGAUUACUCCAAAAUCCAAGUACAGUGAAUCGAGUUUGCAGGCAACCGCAAGAUAUUGAAUGUGAUUCACCCACUGAACAGAGAUUAUAGAGAAUAAUCUAGAGGAAUGUUUAUAAUUCAAAUUCAGACAAAAAGUCGCCGAGAUCAAGAGUAAUAACAUUAACAUAUUCCAAAGAACCGAAAUCCGUAAAAGGUUCUCAAUAAAAUUAAUAUUCCUGAGGCCACAGAACAGGGAGAAAAGUUCACGAAAAGCAAUAAAUCCAAAUAACUGAGGUUCAAGCAGUUAAGAAAUGAAUAAUAUAACCACUGCGAAUCAAGUGCAGUGAACAGCAAAUUGAAACGUUCUAACAAAGUGCCUCAUAAUUGAGGCAGGGCGUUGUCGAUAACCAACAUGAGACCUUUAUGACCUGAUGGAAUAUUUUUAUUUAUUAAUAUACGACAGACAUUGCAAAUCAGCCGAUCUGUUCGGGCAACUUUAUGGAGCACCGUAAAGAAACUAGAGAAAUUUACACUUCUGAUCUUGUGAAACAGCUUAAGAACUGAAAUAUAAAUUAGCUGUAAUAUGAAGUAAAUUGUAAAAGAAAUGGUAUAAAGAAAAGUGUCAUAAUCAUAAUUUAACAUCGUGAAUUUGAACAUACCUAUCACUGAUCUUGUAAGAAACAAAACUAAGUUUUUUACUUUAUGGUUCUGUUUACUUGGGCAAGUUUAAAAUCGUUUGGACAGUUAAAUAUUAUUAACUGAGCCUACACAGCUAAGAACAAGCUUUAAUGAAUAGUUUUUGGAAGAAAAAAAAAAGCUGAAACUAGCUAAAUCUGAUCUCGCAGCACAAGAGUUAAGUGAUUGAAGUGUAGGCUGUAGCCCAUGCCACCUUUUGAAGAGGGUGAAAUCGAGCCAGAGGAGCAGAUACCUCUAAAGCCGCCACGUCGACAGAGGACCAUGAAGUCUGCGGACCCGGAAGCGACCCAAACGCCGCCGGCGGAGGAACACGAGGAGGAGCACUUGCUGCCGGCCAGCACUGAGGCUAGUAAUUUGCGUUAUGCCCGGGCCAAUUUGAGCCAGAGCACCCUAAUGCUGAGCCACCAGCAGGGCUCCUUCGAGUCGUCCACCGAGCGAACGGCGAGCAGUGAGACAUUGGAUGUGCUGCCGAUAUCGAGGCGCUACCAAAGCUACCAGGUGCAUCCGCAGCCGAACAACCGCUUGGGGAUUCGGCAACAGCAGCAACAUCAGCCACAACAGCCACAACAGCCACAGCCUUCGGCCUUGGCGAGCGCUCUGCAUGCCACUGCCAGAUUGGCGGCCAGUGUGGAUGCCUAUACGGCGGCGGCUACAGCGGCAACCGGCAGCGACUACGGCGACUAUAUGCGCCAGCAUCCGAACCUCAGUCACAGCCACCAGCAGUCCCAGAGCCAGCUGCCCCUCCACCAUCCCGCACACAAUCUGGGCAAUCUGAGAGCGGGCAAUUUCGUGGGAUCGUCGCGACAUCUCUAUCACAGCCAGUUCAAUUCGAAUUCGCCGCAAGCGAGACGCUUCACUGCGCAGCGUGACUGCUCGCCAGCAUUCGCGGCUUCAGCGGCAGCAGCUUCAGCUUUAGCGGCAACAGCUUCAGCAGUAGCACCACUAGCGCCACUAGCACCACUCGCACCACUAGCCUCCAUAGCCUCCUCAUCGAACCCAUUUGCGGCCCACCAGCCGCCGCCGCCACCGCCCUUUCAGUUGCGCACCUACCAACAGAAUCAAUCCUACCGCUUUCAGCCGCGUGGACACCAUCGCACCGGCAGCAGCAGCAUGUCGCAGUCUGGGGAGGAUCUCCAUUCGCCCACCUACCUGUCCUGGCGGAAGCUACAGCUGAGUCGGGCCAAGCUAAAGGCCUCCAGCAAGACGUCCGCCCUGCUUUCCGGAUUCGCCAUGGUGGCCAUGGUGGAGGUGCAACUGGAUCACGACACAAAGGUGCCGCCGGGCAUGCUGAUAGCCUUUGCCAUCUGUACCACGCUCCUGGUGGCGGUGCACAUGCUGGCCCUGAUGAUCAGCACCUGCAUCCUGCCGAACAUCGAGACGGUCUGCAACCUACACAGUAUUUCCCUGGUGCACGAAUCGCCGCACGAGCGCCUGCACUGGUACAUUGAGACGGCGUGGGCCUUCUCCACACUCCUGGGACUGAUACUGUUCCUCCUGGAGAUCGCCAUCCUGUGUUGGGUGAAGUUCUACGACCUCAGUCCGCCGGCGGCUUGGUCGGCCUGCGUGGUCCUCAUCCCCGUGAUGAUCAUCUUCAUGGCCUUCGCCUAUCACUUCUAUCGCUCCCUCGUCUCGCACAAGUACGAGGUGACGAUUUCGGGCAUCCGGGAGCUGGAGAUGCUCAAGGAGCAGAUGGAGCAGGAUCACCUGGAGCAUCAUAACAACAUCCGAAACAAUGGCAUGAACUACGGCGCCUCCGGGGAUAUUGUCUAGCACGAUAUCCACGUAGAUGUGGAUCAACCGAAAAAGACAUAGCGGCUCAGGGCAAGCCUCAGAUUAUUUAAGUGAAAAAUAAAAACAUAGUGUAAAUUUGUAGUUGAUGCAAAUUUUGUGAUAUGCAGAUAACAGCAGAUUUUUAUUAUAUAUACCACGUGAACUGUAUUCUGUAUUGCGUGUGGCUCUUUAUUUUUGUAUGGCAAUUACUAGGCACGAAUAUGUAGACAAUGAUAAAAGACCCUAAUCGAAGCAAUACUUUUUGGACCAUCAUGUACGAUGAAUAUUCCUCAAUAAUUAGCUCAUAUCCGAUCUAUAUAUAUAUAUAUUAUAUUAGUUGCGUGUAUCUUAAAUUGUAUGCCGUAUUUUUUCGAAACCAUCCUUGGCAGUCUUCCCGUAUUUAUUGUUUAAGACUUUUUUGGACACAACUCGAUUGUCUUAGCCCCUAAUUUAAUGUUAGGCCAAUUAUGUAAGCGAAACCGCGCUGUAAUUUAUAUUAUAUAAUUUACGAUUAAAUGAUUUUUCUAUAUAUA